AUGUCGGCACCUAAGUCGGGGGAGGUUGAUAAACCGGAGUUGUUGCGCGAGGACGGCUCAUACUUGUCCCAUCUGGUUGAGGGCAUGCUGCAGGAGAUGGGUGUAUCGCACUAUGACGUUCGCACGACCCAUUUGCUGGUGGACCUAUUGCAGCGGGAGUCGCUUUCACUGCUAGACGAUGCCCAGCAGCAGAGCGAGAUUCGCAUAUCGCAGGAGAAGCAGCGCUUACUGCUGAAUUCCGCAGCCUCUGCCAAGCUGCCGAAGCUGAGCGUGACAGUCAGUGAGGAGGACGCCCAGGUGGCCUGCAAGCAGUACCUCUCUCGAAACAUUGAGAAGUCGUCCUUCCUCACGGACAUCAAGGAGAUGCAACGUUACGCGAACAGCGUGCGCCUCGGUGUCAAGAGCAUCUCCGUGCCGCCGUCGAAGCAGAGCAGGGGAUUCCUGGCAGCCUUACGCUCAAGCGAGUAG